AUGUCAGAGAAGAGGCAGUUCACACUAGCCAACGAGUCAGUGGCAUCAGGGACCUGGAAAUGUGUCUUCUAUAUUCUCCUCAAAGCUGCGUCACCCAUUAUCAUGGGUCUGGAAUUCCUGGAGCAAACCAAGACGAUGACCGAACACAGGCAAAGACUUCAUAUCAAGCACUUUCUGUAUGCUCUGUGGGCGUCCCAAGGCGUCUGCUGGACUGCGAAUUGA